AUGGCGCUGAACAAGAACGACCAGCAAAACAAGAACAAGAAGGGCAACGGCGCCCGCAAGGAGCUCUUCUCCAUCAUCUGGCUCGUGUUUCUGCUGGGCUCAGCCGUCCUGCACUGGUGGGGAUACUACUUCACGGACAAGUGGAUUGUCACUCAGAAGGGCGCAACAGACCCCCGCACAGUGGGCCUGCUGCAAAACUACGAAAAGCACGAUGCGUGGUUUGCCACCGUCAUCUUGCUCGGCAUCAGCCUCGCGUGCGUGACCAUCGCCUUCCUGGCCGGGUUCUUCUUCUUCUUCGUCCGCCUCAAGCGCGCAGCGAAGACCCGCCACAUCUGCCUCAAGGUCGCCAAGGUGUUCUCCUUGCUCGGCGCCUUGUGCAUGUUUGCCGGCCUCAUCGUGUUCCCAGCCGGAUUCGAGUCCGCAAAGUUGCUGCCAUGCUCCUUUGCGGCCACAAAGGAAGCCGCCUACCAUCUGUGCAACCCUUGGCAAACUGGCCUUGCCGUGUACCUUCUCAUCGUGUCCCAAGUCCUGCUUACCCUCGCCAUCUGCUUCUCCGCCUGCGUGCUGAGCAAAAUCGAUGAGGAUCGCAAGGAGAAGGAGAAGCGCAAGCGCCAGGGCAAAGACGACGAGUGGUUCGACAAGUACGGUACCGCUCCGCUCAUCACCGAGACGGGCAUGGGCGACGACGACACGGCGCACAACAAGGAUCCACACCUCCUCGACGAGGUCAUGGCCAUGAACGCCAACGACGACAUGGAGAACAUGCACAUGCCUGGGUAUCUGGACCUGGACGAGCCCCAGCAAGACCAGCAGAAGCAGCAGGAGAAGCGCGCCUCGUUCAUGGAGACGGUGUUCGACAACGGCUACCUCGACUUUGCCCAGGAGUCGCAACAGCCAGGAGCACCCAUCGACAUGGUUGGUGGCAGCGGCGACGACGACGAGGAUGAGGCCGGGUACCUUGAGUUUGGAGACGACGGCGUGCUGCGCGACACGACUGGCAAUGAAAUUGCGGAGACGUACCUCGACUUUGAUGAGCCGGAUGUGCAGCAGGAGUCGACGCAGCAGCUCGCGCCCGACACGGACACGGCGUACCUCGACUUUGACCAGGACGACGAGCCCGAGACGCUGUAUCCCGAUGCCCUCCCACUGAAGGCACUUGACGCCGGCGGCGCUGGUGAUGACACCGACGCAGCGUACCUCGACUUUGAGCAAGAGGAGCAAGCAGAGGAGGAUGAAGCAGAGGAAGAAGAGGAAGAAGAGGAUGAAGAGGAUGAAGAGGAUGAGGUGGAGGCGACGAACGAGGGCUACUUGGACUUUGACCAAGCAGAUGAGGAAGAGGACGAGGAAGAUGAGCAAGAAGAGCAGGAGCAAGAGGAAGAACAGGAGCAAGAGGAAGCAGAGGAAGAGGAAGAACAGGAGCAAGAGGAGGAGGAGGAAGCACCAGUGGCCGAGGAGGCGAACGAGGCAUACCUCGACUUUGACCAAGCAGAUGAGGAAGAGGACGAGGAAGAUGAGGAAGAAGAGCAGGAGCAAGAGGAAGAACAGGAGCAAGAGGAGGAGGAAGCAGCACCAGUGGCCGAGGAGGCGAACGAGGCAUACCUCGACUUUGACCAGGCCGAUGAAGAGGAAGAGGAAGCAGAGCAAGAGGAAGAACAGGAGCAAGAGGAGGAGGAAGCAGCACCAGUGGCCGAGGAGGCGAACGAGGCAUACCUCGACUUUGACCAGGCCGAUGAAGAGGAAGCAGAUCAAGAAGAAGAACCGGAACAAGAGGAGGAAGAAGCGCAAGAACAAGCGCCUGAGCAACAACAGCCCACCGCAGAGGCAGAGGACGUCGUCCUCAACUUUGAUGAUGAUGACAACGACGACGACAAUGGCGGGUACCUCGACUUUGAUGCCGACGAUGAUGCGGCCGUUGGGCCGGAUGCAGCAGCUCAGCAGCAGCAGCAAAGCCAGGACCAGCAAACGCUGCCCUCGUUUAUGGCGGAUGCCAUGACUGCCGACAACAACGACAACCCGAUGGUUGACCUGGAUGCGCUGUACGGCGAUUUGGAUGAGGAUGUGCUGGACUUGGACGCGUUUGAUCCCGAGACAGACGAGAUGGUGCUGGAUCUCGAUGCGGCUGGAGACGACGACGAUGACGCCGAUCAGUACUUCUAA